AUGGGGGGCAAGGGCGGAGGCGCCUCCGGAGAGUCAUUGCCGAAGCAUUGUGAUGAGCCCCUCCGAGACUGCGUUGGGCGUCCAGAUCUGAUCCGUGCCGAGCUGCCCUGGGCCCAGCCAGGCCGGUCCAAGAACGCGGACACGACCAAGUUCUACAAACUCCUCGAGGUAGACAAGCCGCCGGGCCAAGAUUCAGUGCAAAGAACGCCUCAGAAUCUGACAUCAAGAAGGUGCGAGCACGUCGCACGCGACUUGCACAUAGACCCGCAGGGUCCUGGUCUGUUCCGUCGCACGACACGGAGGGUCGUGGUCAGUUCCGUCGCCACGUGCCUGCUUCGAAGCCUUUCGAAGGCGUACAGGAAGCUGGCCGUGAAGCACCACCCCGACAAGGCGAUCAGCUUAGUCGAAGAUUUGUUGGGGCGCCGGAAGCAUUUUCGAGCUUGCCAGGGCGGUGACCAGGAGAAGUUCAAGGAGAUCACCCGAGCAUACGAGGCGAGGGGCUGCGUUGCUGGAUACGUGUUGAGCGACUCCGACAAGCGAGCCAAGUACGACCGGUUCGGUGAGGAGGGCCUGGAGAACGAUGGGCCGGGCGAUGCAGGGGACAUCUUCGAGGCCUUCUUCGGGGGAGGCGGCCGCCGGGGUGGUGGUGGCGCCCGCAAGCGACAGAAGACCAAGGACGUUGUGCAGAACCUCAAGGUCACCCUAGAGCAGAUGUACUCCGGCUCCACCAAGAAGAUGGCUAUCACCCGUCAGGUCAUCGACAAGAAGAAGGGCGUCCAGGAGUGUCGGGAAUGCGACGGCCGCGGCGUGAAGGUCGAGGUCGUGCGCAUGGGGCCACUGGACUGGCAAACGCAGUCGCAGUGCCAUUCCUGCGGCGGUCAGGGAAAGAGCUUCCAAACCAAGCAGGACAGGGAGGUCCUCGAGGUGCAUGUGCAGAAGGGUGCACCGGAUGGCCACAAGGUCACGUUCAGGGAAAUGGCUGACGAGCACCCGGAUGCGGAUGCUGGUGACGUGGUCUUCGUGCUGAAGCAGCAGGAACAUGCCGACUUCAAGAGGAAAGGCGCCGAUCUCUACGUGGAGCGCAAGAUUUCCUUGGUCGAGGCCCUGUGCGGCUUCCAGAUGGAGCUCACGCACCUGGACGGCCGCAAGCUGCUCAUCAAGACGCAGCCAGGUGAGAUCGUGAAGCCCAUGUCCCAGGGCUUCGACCCUCUUGCCAAAGAGGAUAACAAGACCGAGUGGGAAGUCAUCGAGGAUGCAGACUGCCCUUCCGUGGAGAACGUGGCGCAGGCAGACACCACAGACAUCGACACGCUGAAGAAGGCGUGCGAGACGCAGCUCAAGCGAAAGGGCAUCGAUGUGGGAUGCUUUGUCGUAGACGGCCAGCGCGCCUACUUCAAGCAGUGCACUCGCGAAGAGGCUCUGGCAGCUAAGAAGACGCGUCGCGGUAGCACGAUGUACCUCAUCCCAGAUCCAGAUGCCAAGAAGGCCUUCCGCAUGAUGAAGGCUGUGAAGGAUGAGGGCAUGCCGACCUACAAGAACCCGUUCGUACACGGCAACCUCUUCCUGAUCCUCACGAUCGAGUUUCCGGACUCGCUGUCUCCAGAGAACCAGACCGCCAUGGCAAAGCUGCUGCCGCCGCCUCUGAAUGUGCCAAAGUGGUCAGAGGACGACAAGGAUGUCGAGAUUCACACUGUGACCGACAUCGACCCAGUUCAGUCUUUCAACUCCAACAAGGUCAACAUGCAGGCGGGCGGCGAGGCGUACGACGAUGAUGAGGAGGAUGGUCCUCGCGGCGGUCCUGGUGGACCCGGUGUACAGUGUCAUCAGCAGUGA